AUGGCUGAAAUUGCCUAUGGCAUCAUAGGAAAGGUAGUAGAGAAGCUAGGAUCCAUUGCUUACCAAGAGUUCGGCUUGGUAUGUGGUGUCAAAAGCGAUCUGAAAAGGCUUGAGCUCACCAUGUCAAUCAUUAGAGAGGUGCUCCUAGAUGCCGAAAAGAAGCAAGCAAGUGACCGUCUACUGAGGCUCUGGCUAGGGCAGCUCAAUGAUGUCCUUCACGAUGCCGAGGAUGUGUUUGAUGAAAUUGAGUACCAAGCUAUAAGGAAGCAGGUGGUUGCCACAUAUGGGAGCACUUCUACAAAGGUAUGUCAUUUCUUUUCAUCCUCUAUGACGCUUGCAUUCCCUUUCAAAUUGGCUCAUAAAAUCAAGCGCAUUAGAGAGAGAUUAAAUGCAAUCGCAGCUCAAAAGGAUCAAUUUAAUCUCACCAAAAAAAGUGAAGAUGCACAUAUCAUGCACCGGCCGAGGGAAAAAGAUUUAAUCUCAUUUGUUCGUCCAUCAACUGUAAUUGGUAGGGAUAAGGACAAAGAAAAUAUCAUAAAUCUUUUGAUGCACCCAGAUGGUAGCAAAAAUGUCAAUGUAAUUUCCAUAGUCGGAUUAGGAGGUAUGGGGAAGACCACACUUGCCAAGUGGGUGUACAAUGAUGAACGUGUAGUCCAGACUUUUCAAUUGAGAAUGUGGGUUUGUGUGUCUAAAGAUUUUAGUGUUACAAGAUUGAUAAAAGAAAUCCUUAAAUCUGCACACCGUACAAUUGAUGAAAAUUGGAGUGAGGAUAACAUGCAAACUACAUUGAGAAAACAUUUAAGGAAUAAGAAAUUUCUACUUGUCUUAGAUGAUGUUUGGAAUGAAGAUCGUAAUAAAUGGAUUGAAUUGAGAGAUUUGUUAGCUGAUGGUCCCGAAAGAAGUAAAAUUGUAGUGACAACACGUAGUGACUUGGUUGCCUCCGUUAUGAGCACUGAUUCUACAUACAAUUUAGAAGGUCUAUCCCAAGAUGAUUGUUUGUCUUUGUUUGUGAAAUAUGCAUUUAAGGAAGGAGAAGAGAAACAACAUGCAAGCCUCUUAAAAAUUGGAAAAGAAAUUGUGGGAAAAUGUAAAGGGGUCCCAUUGGCAGUGAGGACUUUAGGCAGCAUGCUUUAUUCAGAAGUUGAUGAACGGGAGUGGGAAUUUGUGAGAGAUAACGAGAUAUGGAAAUUAGAACAAAAGGAGAGUGAUAUCUUACCCACAUUGCGAUUGAGUUACGAUCAACUACCAAUUUACUUGAAGCGAUGCUUUGCCUUUUGUUCUCUUUUCCCAAAAGACCACAACUUCAUAUCGUGGGAUUUGAUUCAAUUUUGGAUGGCACAUGGACUAAUUCGUAAAACGUCUAUUAAUAAAAAACAAGAGUUGGAAGAUGUUGCGGAGUUGUAUAUAAAUGAAUUGGUGUCGAGAUCUUUCUUCCAAGACGUUGAGAAACCGAGUCCUUCCUUUCCCUUUUAUACCUUUAAAAUGCAUGAUCUGAUCCAUGAUCUUGCAAUCUCAGUUGCACAAGGAGAGUGUUCAGUAGUAGACUUGGGCAACGAAGGCAUUGCUGAAACAGUUCGUCAUUUGUCAUUUUCAGCAGAAGACUUGGGUCAAGAAGUUCCAAAAUGCUUAGACAAUUUAACAAAGGUGCGCACUGUAAUGUUCACAACCAAACCACCACUGUCCUUUGUUGAAGCAUGCAUCUCGAGAUUCAAGUCCCUGCGGUUGCUUGAUUUAAAUUAUUCAUCUUUUAAGGUGUUGCCAAGUUCUAUUGGUACUCUGAAGCAUUUGAGAUUUCUCAAUCUAAGUGAUAAUAUAAUAAUCAAGGAACUUCCUAAUUCCAUCUGUAAGCUGCACAAGUUGCAAACAUUAAUCCUUGGUGGAUGUGAC